UAUCACGCGGAGAAGUCGAGCCACAUGGCCGAGCCAGAGAAAUCGUCGUUAUUAAGUGGGAGCGAAUUGCUACAGCAUCAUACAUCGACGUACGAAGUGAACGCUCAGUUCACGCGGUUGGUAUCGACGGAUGAUCUGGAUGCUGACCGGCAAAAUGAUCUCGCUCGAAUGAAAGACGAUCUCCGGCGUCUGCUGGCACAAGAACGAGUAAGUAAAUCUGAAUGCAUCUCGGAAGGUGUAUGGGAAAACGAUAACCGGCGAGUACGGAUCAUACGUGCCGAAGGAAAAUGGCAAGCGUUUGGAUACGAAGACUCGUCUGGAAAGUACGUCGACAGCUACGAGGCGCUGUUCCUAAUGGAAAUGAACCGGCUCUUCGUGAAAUGGAACGGGGUUGUCGUGUCGAUCGAGCAAGGCUAUAGCUUGUUCCUGGGAUCCCAUCACAGCAGUUACCUGACGCUUGAGGAGUAUCAAGUAUACUCCCUGCUGAAUCGUGUCGGAUACUUCGUGCUUCGAUACGAUCCCGACCGCGUGACUUACCAGCCAGAGGAAAUGGACAUGCUAUCCACAGAGGAACGAUGUGUUUGGAGUAACCUGUACGAAAUGCUCCAUCAACCAAAUCCUCGAGAAACAUUCAGCGAAAAAGAAAAGCAUUCCACAAUGUAUGAUACCGUAUGCAAAUCAAUGCUGCAAUAUAAGGAACACAUUCGUGGUCCUGGCGUGCCGCUUGAAGUGGCCUUUUCUUCACAAACAGAUGAAACCUACGAGCCUACACCAAAGAAACCGCAUUUGGAUGAAAGCGAUUGCUUUGCACUGGUCGACCGGUUCCGGCGAAUGUUCCAACGAUUUGAUAUCAUUCGUAGUACAACUGAAGAAGAAUACGGAAGAAACGAUGGACCGGCACCGAAUGAAUCAGUUCUCCAUCUCACCUUCGAGCUAUUUCCAUCUGAUGCACAAGGCUUCAAAAAGUCUCUUCCUCCGCUACCGAUCGCAAGGAUACUUGUGCGAAAGUCCUCGGAGCCGAUGCCACAUUUAAGAGAUUUGCAGAGGGUCUACCAUUCGCAAAAGAUUCCUGUGCCAUUGAUGCUUAUGCUAGUUUCUGAUAGUUUAUCUGUAAAUUGCUUCCUGUAUGACAUGAAUCCGUUAAGGAGAAAUAUUAUCAAACUGCCGAACGACAGUCUGGGACAAGAUACACAAAAUAUAGCUAGUAGUUCAGGUUAUCGUGAUAAUAACGGCUUUGAGAUGGAACAUUAAAACACUUUCUUACUGUAGGUUUGUGUGAGUAUAUCCUAUUUAAAACAGCUGCCUGUUGAACAUUACAAUUGCAACGUUUGAUUUAUUUAGUUUAAUAUUUAAUUCGCACAUAUUUUUUACAAAAUACUUAACAAUACAAUGAAUG